UCCCCCUCCUCACCCCUCUCUCUCGGACUCAGAUUAUCUCCAUCAUCCUGCCGCUGAGAUGACGACUCCAGAAGGUGCCGGUGCAGACGGUGAGGGGGGCCCCGCGGCUCCGGCCCCCAACCUCACCAGCAACAGACGACUGCAGCAGACACAGGCACAAGUGGACGAGGUGGUGGACAUCAUGCGUGUGAACGUGGACAAAGUCCUGGAGAGGGACCAGAAGCUGUCGGAGCUGGACGACCGGGCCGACGCACUGCAGGCCGGAGCCUCGCAGUUCGAGAGCAGCGCCGCCAAACUCAAGAACAAGUACUGGUGGAAAAACUGCAAGAUGAUGAUCAUGAUGGCAGUCAUAGGUGUAAUUUGUUUUGGAGUCGUCUUCUUGUAUUUCUUCUACUGAGCAGCUCUUCAGGGAUGGACAGAGUUGCAGGACGAGUCUGCACCAACGCCAUCGAGCCGAAACCCAGCCUCUCCUCCUGCUCUUCAUCCUCCUGCUCUUCAUCCUCCUCUUCCUCAGAAAAGCUCCAUGCUCGGUCUGUAAUGUGCUCCAGUCCAGUGCCUCCUUCUCUUCUUUUCUCUUUUCUUCUACAUACAUUUCUCCGGAGUGAAUGUAAUAUUCUUGUUUCAGGACAGUUAAAUGAUGAGUACAUUAAAAAACAAAAUGUUUUUCUUCCUGGUUCUUGUAUUGUCCUCUCUACAAAAUAAAAUGAAGUCAUAUUUAUUGUAGCCAAGGGGUUUAAACACAAAAAGACAUUUUACUGCAUGUCAUAAAUCCAUUGAACCAGGAUUUGUUCAUUUGGUCUAAUAUGCCAUAUAUGGCUAAAGCUCUCUGGAUUAUAUUAUAUGAUUUUUUUUUCUCUCACCUACAUAAAGGGAUUUACAAAAAUGGGUCGCAGAAAGUCCGAUUACAUUUUUUAUAAGGGACAGGAAGUGUUGUGGCUUUUUCUUCCAUUGCUUUGUCACCUGACCAUUUAUUUUGUUUGCCAGCUGUUUUGUACAGUAUUGUUCAGGACAGCUGCCCUCUUGAUGUCAGUAUUGGUACUGCUACUGAUGUAUUUCCGUUUUAGAUACAAGAACAAUUUGGAUAUAUUUUCCUCCUGCGUGUGUCCGUCCCGUGAGUUAUGUAACAGUUGUGAUGCAGCACUUCCUGUUUCUGUUGUCUCGUGGACCUGUUUUGUGUAUUUCAGCUGUGGUUCAAAUGUUUCUGCUUGAAUGCGACUCCUCUGUAUAUUUCUGAGGCUUUUUCUGAAUGAAACGGUGAGACUGUAGAAAUCAUAGGUGGAUUAUUUAAAAUGUAAAGAGAAAUAUUAGAGUUUAAAUCUGUGAGUGCUUGAGCUUUCCCACUGCGUUAGCUGAUGUUUCUGUACUGCUUAAAAACCAAGAUUACAUUUGACAUUUAAAAAGCAGUUAUGUUGAUGGACGGGGAUCUCAAAUAAAUUAAUAUUUCCAAAAUAAAUGCUAUGUUUUUGCCCUGAUUUAUCCAUAAAAGUUUGUCCAUGUUUUUUUUAAUGUUAUUUUCUUGUCUACUGGUGACAAAUAGGAAUAGCUGAUUGAUACCAGCAUUUGAUAAAAGAUGCUUUGACUGCACAUUAACUCAAAGCAGGUUUUCCAGUAUUGUGUUCUACUUGAAAAAGUCUAAAUAACUACAUUCCAAAUCUAUACCUGAAUCACCCAAUCAAGGAGCUAUCUAAAACAAAUACAAUUUGGGUGGUUCAAAACUGUUAUAAAGUUUAAAUACAUUCCGACUAUCUUUGAGACAGAACAAGGAACAUGAUGGUAUUAAAUAUUUGGUUCUCUUAUUUGUAUUCAUACACCGUCUUCCAAGUACUAACAGAGAGAACAGUAUAUGAAAACAUUUUGUACCUCUAUUAUAUCCACAUUUUUGAGUGUUGGACAUAAACUCCCUACACAUUAAAAUAUAAAAUAAGUAAAAAUUGGAAAGAUGGGUACAUUUGUGAGAGUAGAUGAUCAGUUAACAUUAAAUUAAUGAAGAAGUGCUACAAUGAAUUUAACAUCAAAAAUGUAUAUCUGAGAUACAUUUACAGGAGGGUCCUGUACUUAGAAUUGAAGCCAGUUUAUAGUUAUCUUUCCCUUACCUCACGGAAAGUAAAAACAUCUAAAAACACAUGAAUUCAAU